AUGGACCCCCAAACGCACCUCAUCUACCUCCUCCUCGAUUCCAACCUCCCCACGGGCGGCUUCGUCGCCUCCUCAGGCCUGGAAUCAUGGGCGAAACACGGCCUCGGGGGCCCUUACUCUGCCUACACAUCCACCUCCGCAGCGCCAGUUAGCGGCACCAGCCACGGGGCAGGCCAAGCGGGGUCUCAACCUAGUAGAGCUGGGGGACAGGUACAUGCCUCGAAGCGCGUCACCGAGUUUAUGGAGGCGGAGGUGGAUAAUUAUGCGAUGUCGACGGGGUGGUUUGUCCGACAGGGGUGGAGGGUUGUAGAGGGAAGGAGGGACAGCGGAAGUGCAGAGACGGCAACUACGGCGGACGAUAUCGAACAGACUCUACAAUCCAUCCUGGCCCUUGACAAGACACACGAAGCGACGCUCUUAUCGCACGUCUCGAGACGGGCGUCCAAGGCGCAGGGCGUGGCCAUCUUGACGCUAUAUACGAAAGGCCUGACUCGGCCUCCCGGAUAUGCUACGUCCACUGGCGAUAUACCUUCGGAUACGAACGAGGAGGAUAAGGAGACGAGCGAGGAGAGGGAGGGGAGGGAAGAGAUAGCAGGCGCGGUGGUAGAGGGGUACAAGAGGCUUAUUAGGCGCGGACUCGCCCCGGGUCAUCUGGCGGUUUGUUGGGGGUUGAUGAUGGCUGCUCUGGGGCUCAGCCUGGAAAAAGGGUAUCACCUCUAUCUGUUCCUACACGCCCGUUCCGUCCUCUCAGCCGCGGUCCGCCUGAACCUCAUUGGGCCAUACCUCUCCUCCCAGCUCUUACUUCACCCGACGAAUGGGAUACUCGCGCGGCAUGAGGUGAUACCGAGUGAGGUGGAGGAUGAGUGGUCAGGUGGGAGAGGUGACUUUUGGGACUGGGCGAUAGAGGCGGAGAAGGGUCCCGCUACGACUUGGCCCCUGGGGGAGGUAUUGGUCGCGCGGCAUGACCUGCAGCAUUCCAGGAUAUUCAACUCGUGA